GAUACGUCCCAAGGCGAGACCCCAUGUCACCCCUCGCAGAGAGAUAUCGAACGACCAAGACAUCCCAUCAUCUUUCAGUGCAGGAAAGAAUAAUGAGGAACGACAGUGCCUCUGUAGAUCCCUUUUCUGUCCAAAGGGGUGCUGUGGUACCGGGUCGGGAUCCCCUAUCUCAGACCAACGAUAGGGCCCUGAACAGAGUUGGCGCCAUACUGGGUCCUGUGCCGCAGAACCAUGGAAGCAGAAGACAAGUAAGCCGAGGCGCAGUCUGGUCGGUUGGAGGGCUGCUCCCCGGACCAACUCGCAUCGACGAAAUACAAAGGAAUACAUAUCACCGCGGCACCAACUCCCGCGUUUUCUCGACUUCGUUUUAUGCCAUCAAACCAGGCACACAAGAUGAACUAGAGAAACAUGAGGGCCGAAUCGCUACUGCCUUAGAUAUUGACAGGGUGCGAAAGAUCUUUGACUUUGACCAGAGGCUCGCAUUUCCACGAUCUUUCCCGAGCGUCCAGAAAUAUGAGGCCAAAGACAAGACCCGAACAGCCUGGAAUGGGUAUCAAUGGGUGAAUCAAGGAUGGACCUCAAUGUCUUCAAUGCCAACAAAGAACCGGAUCAUUCCUGCGGCACCGUUCAGGAUUCUCGAUGCGCCAAACCUGAAGGAUGACUUCUACUGUUCACCCUUGGCAUACUCUUUCGUAUCCCAAACUCUUGCUAUCUGCCUGGGUAAUAUUUUGUAUGCUUGGACCGAAGAAGGUGGUGUCAACAUGAUACAUGGUGCUCAUUCACAGACCUGGUUGACAUCCAUCGCAUUCUCGUCCGAACAGGGUGCCAGGGCCAUACUUGGGAUCGGGCAGUCGGACGGCUCGCUAGUCCUCAGAUCAAUCUAUGAUGGGUUGCCUCGUUUUAAGGUACAGCAACCCUUCCCGAUCGCUUGUGUGGGUUGGCGCCCAACAUGCACGUUGCGUCAGUCCAAGAACCCCUUCAACCCCGGCGUGCUUGUGCAGACGGAGGACCUUGUUGUUGGGGAUGAGAUGGGAACUCUAUACUACUAUGUGGUUGAAUGGCCCAUGGGUUCGGAAGUCUCGGCAAGCGCCUGGCCAGGAGCCGUAUCACUUGUUGCCAAGAUCACCAUCCACAGCCAGCAGAUAUGCGGCCUCGCAUGGGCACCUGAUGGGAAGCUCUUCACAUCUGGGGGAAAUGACAACCUCUGUUGUCUCUUCGAGGUGGAUCGCAUCCUAGAACAGAGCCUGAUUUAUCCAGCCCAGAAUGAAAACCACAAUCCACCGCGGCCAGAACCAUUCAGUCUUGGUGUUGGAUCAGACGCAGGAGAGGAGGCAAGCCUCUACAGCUACAAUACGGCGGCGCCCAAUCCGAAUAUAAGGGCGGACGAGAACAUUUCCGAGGUCGAGACGUUUCGAACUUCGCUCGACUCUCUCCGCCACCUCGGGUCUGGCCUUGAACGACACCGUUGGGUCCACGGUGCUGCUGUCAAAGCAAUGGCUUUCUGUCCCUGGCGGCGAGGAUUGCUUGCUACAGGAGGCGGCUCCAACGACAAGUGCAUCCAUUUCUUCCACACUACCUCCGGCACGGCUCUCGCUACCAUCUCUGUUUCGGCGCAGGUCACGUCACUCAUCUGGUCAACAACGCGACGCGAAAUUGCGGCCACAUUUGGGUGGCGGCAAUUCCCUAGGAGGGCGAGUUGA